AUGGGUUUCGCCGACUUUUUCUCUGACGUCGUCUCCUCCCUCGGCUUCUCCGAGGUCGAGGCUGAGGCUCCCGCCGCCGACGUUGAGACUUCCACCCCCCAGGACUCCGAGCCCGCCGAGAAGACCGAAGAGACCACCGAGAACGAGUCUUCCGAGGAGUCCUCCGAGGAGGCUCCCAAGGAGGAAGAGGAAGAGGCUGAGGCCGAGGAGGAGGAAGAGGAAGAAGAGGAGGAGGAAGAGGAGGAGGAGCCCGAGGAUAUCAAGCCCAAGCUCGAGGAGGAGUGCGCCAACUCUGCUCAAUGCGCUCCUUACAAGCACCACUACGACGAGUGCGUCGAGCGUGUCACUCGCCAGCAGGAGGACGAGGACUACAAGGGUCCCAAGGAGGACUGCGUUGAGGAGUUCUUCCACCUCACCCACUGUGCCACUGCCUGUGCCGCCCCCAAGCUCUGGCGCCAGCUGAAAUAA